UCGCCGCGUCUCGCGCUGCUCCGGGCCGGCGGCUGGAGGCUCCGGGCGGCGGGAGCUGCCGGGCUGGUAUUCAUCGGCCAUCUGUAUUUCUGAGCAAAGAUCGGCCAACGGCAAAAUGAAUUUACCAGGGAAAGAUGCGCACCGGCUUGGCUGCUUACUAACUGAAAGCUGAAGGUCUCCCAGCCUAUGUGCAGAGGAACAGAAUGCGGGUCACCAUGAGGCGGGUGUUGCUGGGGCUUGGCUUUGCUGUUGCCCUGAUGGUGACUGUGCACCUUGGCCAGCAGAUGUUGGAGUGCCAGGAGCUGCUGGGCAAGGGCUAUGGCAAGCGGACGCAUGGGCUGAUGAGACCAGAAAACGAAGAACUGGUUAUGGUGGACUCCAGUCGCAUCGAGUACCGGUACAGCAAGGAGAUGCCUCUGAUAUUUAUCGGUGGGGUCCCGCGGAGCGGCACGACUCUCAUGAGAGCCAUGCUGGAUGCGCAUCCAGAGGUCCGCUGCGGAGAAGAGACUCGCAUUAUUCCCCGGGUGCUGGCCAUGCGCCAGGCCUGGUCCAAAUCUGGGCGCGAAAAGAUGCGCUUGGAUGAAGCGGGAGUGACGGACCAAGUCCUGGACGCUGCCAUGCAGGCGUUUAUCCUGGAAGUCAUUGCCAAGCAUGGGGAGCCAGCCAGAUAUCUAUGUAACAAGGACCCCUUCACGUUAAAAUCCUCUGUCUACCUUUCCAGGCUCUUUCCCAAUUCCAAAUUUCUGCUGAUGGUUCGAGACGGCCGGGCUUCUGUCCAUUCCAUGAUCACAAGGAAGGUGACGAUUGCAGGCUUUGACUUGAACAGCUACCGAGACUGCCUUACCAAGUGGAACAAAGCGAUCGAGGUGAUGUAUUCGCAGUGUGUAGAAAUUGGGCAGUCCAGGUGCCUGCCAGUCUACUAUGAGCAGCUAGUGCUGCACCCCGAGCAGUCCAUGCGCGUCAUCAUGCAGUUCCUAGACAUUUCCUGGAGCGACGCGGUGCUGCACCAUGAAGAAUUGAUAGGGAAACCAGGCGGAGUCUCUCUUUCCAAGAUAGAAAGAUCAACAGACCAGGUUAUUAAGCCUGUAAACUUGGAAGCUUUGUCCAAAUGGAUCGGGCACAUUCCAGGGGACGUAUUGCAAGACAUGGCCCAGAUAGCACCAAUGCUCGCUAGGCUUGGCUAUGACCCAUAUGCAAAUCCACCCAACUAUGGCAACCCAGACCCCUUGGUAAUCAACAACACCCAGAGGGUUAUGAAGGGGGAUUUUAAAACACCAGCCAAUCUGAAAGGGCGUCUUCAGGUGACUCAGAAUACGUCUGCUUCUCACUGAAAGUUAGUGAUUUCCAGGAUGUUGCAAGUGGCCUUUCAUUGCCCAGCAGAGAAGGAAUUUGCAAAUGCAGAAGUGGAAAUCUGUUAUCCAAGCAUAUUGCUUGCUACUAAUAUUGCCAAAAUGUGACUGCUGUACCAGGAAUGUAUUUGCAUUUAUUUGCAAAGGUCAAACAUUUUACCACAGAGUGUUCAGAAAAGGUGAAGAGAAAAAUCUGUGGAAAUGAAUUUUCUGACUGACCCUUCGAAGUGCAUUGGAAAGAGAUUUUAUAUUCAGUUACUUGAGAACUUUUUAAAGUUGCAUUAAAAUUGUCUUGUAAUUUUGUUCUCUAAUUUGAAACCAGAAAUAGGUGUAAUAACCGCAUAGAGCCUUUGUUGUACAAGUGACAAUCGGAGACCUGCCUUCUAUCAUUCCUUCACUCGUAACGUACAGAAUCUAUUGAAGAGUUAAUAUAUGAGGCCGUUCUGUUUCA